UCAAAAUUACCGUUUUCUUGUCUUCGAGAAGAAGAAAAGUGAGAAGCUGGAGGUAGCAUCCAAAUCAAUUUUGCUAUCGGUAUUCACCAUCAUUCUUUGCUUGUUGUUGUUAGGGUAGUCCAAGGAUAAUAAGGAAUCUUCUUGACGUACCAUGACGGCAAUAUCUAUUAAUAAGUUGUUAUCUCUGCUGCUGUUGCUCCUGGCUUCAGCACACAGGACUCUUUCCCUGCCAUCUGGUGCUGGCAAUUGUGUGGGAGGUCGUCCGGCUGUGGGUGUAACACACAUGAAUGCUGCCAGUGUGACGGAAGGAUCUUUGAAUCUAGGAGGGAUUGUCUUUUCCGUGGGUGACUAUGAACUCACAAGCCGAGGGGUGGGAGAAGUGCGUCUUCCCGUGGGCCAAGAUUUGACUUGGCAACUCAAUGCGACUGAUCGCCCCAUGCGAGGAUUUCUGAUUCGAGCGGAAGACUUGUCAGACGAUGCCGCUGUUGAUACCACGCGAUCAUUUUUGGAACCGCAACGAAGAGCCGACAAGUUUCAAGUUGCGGAGACUGUUUGCGUCAGUGCUUUUCGUGUCGGAGGAGUGACCCAUAUCAACAAUAAUCAAAAGCGAUCCAUCAGCGGUAUCUUUCGAAUGGACCAUGUCGUCCAAGAACUGCAAAUGGAUGUUACCGUUGUCAUGAAGAAUCGCAAUGGGCAAUCUGUAUUUUACUAUACAGGGUUUGUAGUUUCCAUUGUAGCUGAUGAACCAGAGGAAGAGGCAGAUAAUGACGUAGAUGACAUUGAAGUCGAAGGCGACAAUGGCUUUGAGGAGGAUGCUGGUGAAAUUGAAGAAGAUCCAGUUGACAUCGAAGUGGAAUUUGUCGACGAACAAGUUACUGAAGAUGAUGCAGACAAUGACAGUGAUAACGAUAAUGAUAAUGGAGUCUCCAAUUUGGGAUUCUUUAACCCGGGUGCUCUGCUUCCUCUAACACUGCGCGCAAACGAUUGUGCCAGCGAUAAUGCAUGUGACAAAUGUGAAGGGGACUGUAACAAGAACAGUGAUUGCAAAGACGGCUUGGAGUGCUUCUUCCGGCCUGACGAUACACCCAUCCCCGGAUGCUUGGGAGAUGGCAUUGCAGGCAAAGACUAUUGCUAUCAACCCCAAAACGAUACCCUUCGAUUGCGCAGUGUGGAUUGCCAUCAAAAUAGAACUUGUGAUGUAUGCCAGGGCUCCUGUACUACUGAUGACGACUGUGGAGCUGGUCUAUCUUGUUUCAUUCGCCCUGAUACUACUCCUGUUCCUGGAUGCCAAAGUCGCGGAAUCUCAGGACGAAACUAUUGCUAUCAACCACCUGAGAAUGAAGAAGAAAUCUUGAGACUGCGUCCAACUGAGUGCAAUUCCACACACCCGUGUGCUGUGUGUGAAGGAAGUUGUGAGUCUGAUUCACAUUGCGGAGAAGGUCUUCAGUGUUUCUUUCGCCCGGACCUCGCUCCCGUUCCAGGUUGCUCGCCUUCCUUCCUGGGAGUUGCUGGAAGGAAUUAUUGCUCUGAGCCACAAGAAGGUGUUUUGACGCUGCGAAGGUCACCGUGCAGUACCUUUUUACCAUGCGAUGCUUGUCAAGGCGAGUGCACGCACGAUAGUCAGUGCAAAGGAUAUCUCGAAUGCUUUCGUCGCUCCGACGUCGAGGAAAUACCAGGGUGUCAUACGAAAGGUGUCUCCGGCAAGGAUUAUUGCUACGACCCUUUCCAGGAGGACGUGAUGCUAAUUCCUGCGGUUGCCCCUUCUCCGCCCACUCCGAUGCCAACACCGCCUCGGCCAACACCUGUUAUUACAAUCACUACAGAGCCGACGGACAACCCAACUACGUCAACUGAACCGUCUAGAGCUCCAACGCCACCAACCCCAAUGCCCACACCUCCACGGCCGACGCUAGAACCAACCCCCACGCGGAGACCAAAGCGCACCCCUCAGCCGACUGACACACUUGAUCCCACUCAACUCCCUUCAAUAUCUCCAACACCCAAGCCUACUCGCCGACCUCGUCCCACACCCGGCCCCACUGAAGAACCUACUGUAAUCCUAGAGGAUUUAUCAGUUGCAUUUACAAAAGCACCCACCUUUGCACCCACAUCAACACCAACACUGCGCCCUACACGCCAAACAAGAGCUCCUACUCGGCCCACACCUAUGCCCACACCACCUCGGCCAAGUCCGAGUCCCACCUUUCGAACACCUCGGCCAACAAGGACACCAAGGCCAACUCCUAGACCGACGCUUGGUGAUGCAGUAGAAGAGCUGGAUAACGCAAAUGCACUGUCCGAGAGGUUGAGUCGUCCCUGUUCAAGUGCAAACCCAUGUGAUGCAUGUGUUGGUAGCUGCCAAAGAGACUCGCACUGCGCUGGCCUUCUCCAGUGUUUCCACCGACCAGAUAAUACCCCUAUACCCGGCUGCAAUGGGCUGGGCGUGACCGGGACCAACUAUUGUGCAGUUAACCCUGCAGUUACCAACGUGCCUGUUCCCCCCGCUGCGCUGCCUGCACCAAAGCCCACUUCACAAACACUUGUCGGUGGCAAUAUACAAGCCGAUAUUCUUCCUUUGCGAAACCGAAACAUCCAAUGCACACGCGCCGAACCCUGCGGACUGUGCACUGGCGAUUGCGAUAACGAUGAUCAAUGUACAGGAGAACUUCGUUGUUUCUUCCGUAGCAGCUUCCAACAAGUGCCGGGUUGUUCUGGGCAAGGCACGAUGGGGACAGACUAUUGCGCCAUUGACCCGAGAACCAGCAAUGCAAACGAUGAUGGUGGAAAUGGAGCCACUGUCAACAACAAUGACGACAAUGGCGGGAUCAACGUUAAUGCUGGGGCCGUCCUAAGAACACGCAACCCAGUUUGCACUCCUGCCAACCCAUGUGGAGAAUGUCAAGGGGACUGUGAUGGCAACGACGAUUGUGCCGGAUUACUUCAAUGCUUCUUUCGGGUGGGCAUUGAAAAUGUGCCCGGUUGCGUCGGUUCGGGUGUUCCAGGAAGAGAUUACUGUGCCUUCAACCCAAACUUCAAGACUAGAGUACGAAGACGAAACGUAUAGAAGAUUCCAACAUUUUUGCCAGUUGUGGGAAUGAAGAGGCUGAACAACAGUAACAGUUAGUUACUCUCCAGCUUGUGAAGGAGUCUCGUGCAUGAGAUUUGUGGACCUUGGCUGCAGUAGCGGUAGGAUUGCAUCAGCUUUUGAAUAAUAAUAGACAACUCUCGUAGGCCCUCGAGUUGGCUGUUU